AUGGCAUCCAAGGACGCAUCGCACGGGGACAACCACUUCUCUUUCGCAACGAUUGCUGCUAUGCCUGUCGCUACUAAACUCCAUUCCGAACCCGAAGACAGCGAUAGCGCGCAUCCCGUCGAAUCAUUUACCUAUUCAACCACAUUUGACGCUGGCACUUCUAUCUCUGGCUCACAUUCAUUCGAUGCCAUAAAGCGAGAGAGCGCUCCAUCUGACCUGGUGGGUGAUGGUUUGGGAAGGGCCAUGCAGAAUAUUAGUCUACACAAGGACGAUGAGGGUUCAGGAUCCUUGCUGGAUGACCAGGCUAAUGGCCUGCUGAACAGACAAAACUCUUUUGAUGAUGUUCGCACUCACAUUUCUAAUAAUUCAUCCACAAAAAUGACCAAUUUCGACACCAAGAGCCUUGCCUCCGUCACUACUUUUGCCAUGGAUGAAAAGGACUCUGUAAGACCUGACGACAGUGCUAGUGUCCAGGCUAUUGAUGAAGAGGAAUCUAUUUCAGGUCGUGCCUCCGGAACACCGAACUCGGUGACCGGUUCUGAGGCUUAUCGAGAUCAAUUUCGUGAUGGCAAUUCUCUCAGAUCACAUGGCGUUCUUCCGGUGCCUGGCUCCCUAUUCAAUGGCGUGGACCAAAUGGGUUCUGUUGCCAUUCCUCCAGACUUCGUCUCCAACAAUUUCAUCGUUCCCGUCAACCCUGGAAAUCUACCCGAAGGCCAUCCGCUGCAUGGCUUUCCUCUCGAUCCAGACGAGAAACUUUUAGAGGCAAUGAAAUCUCCAAAAGACCGGCUGCUUAUUCUUCAAUUAGAAGAAAAAAUUCGGUAUUUCAUCGAGAGUUCCAGGCAAGUAAUAUUUUCGAUGUUUGUUCUGGGAAUUGAACCUAACUUUUGCAUCAGUGAAACCUCACUGGAGCUCCCUCCAUCAAACGCAUUUGGGCGACUUCUCGCACACAAGCUCGGAGAUUACUAUCAUCUAACACAUUUUGUGGACAACAAUGUAACCUCAGUUCGCCUUCAUCGAACCCCGUUCUGCCGACUACCUUCCCCUAUUUCGAUUGCUAGUAAUUCUUCGCCCCAACCAAGCAUUCCAGCUAUGAAAAUUAUGCGUCGAACGAUUCGGGAACGUCGCCAAGAAGGCAGCAUCGCAGCGAGCUCAUCCGCUGCAUCGAAGGCUACUUCGGAAGCUGGUGAUAGCGGUCAAGACGAAGAUCACGCUGACUCUUCAGCUGACACCACUCCGGCCAAAGAUCGAUCGACGUUGAGCCGAGAGGAACGGGAGGCGAAAUAUCAAGAAGCUCGUGAGCGGAUUUUCCGUGAUUUCUCUGAUAAUUCGCACACAGCCAGUGGCGAAUCAAGUGCAGCUAUGUCGCGCUCCAGCUCGACAACAGGUCGCAAGAAAAACACUUUGUGGAAGGAACCCAAGCAGCGAACUCCCCACGAUGACAGCUUUGAAGCUCGCUCGCAGUUCAGUAGCUGGCAUCCAAGUAUCCAGUACGGCAAUGGUGGUCCUCCACAGUACAAGUCCGUUAAUGAUCCUACCUAUCCCAACCAAGUCCCAUAUCUGGUUGGACCAGGUGUGGCUCCACCCGUCAACGGCUUUGUGACCUCUGGACAGAAAACUGCUGCGUACCCUGGGAACACGGGAAUGAGCGUGUCAAACUUUCCAGUAGCUGUGACGCCACAGAUGGCCUCCAAUGGCUCGUGGCAAGCAGGCAACAUGGCGCAUCAGCUACAGAUACAGCAACAACAGCUGCAAUUACAGCAGCAAAUGCAGCAGCAACAACAAUUGCAACUUCAGCAACAAAAAAAGCAACUUCAACUGCAGAUGCAACAGCAACAAUCUUCAUACGCAAGCCAGUCAGGAAUGCCGAGUGCCCAAUCAUCAGCCAAGUCCUCACCGGCCACAACCAAUUACGCCAUUCCUUACGCUCCUCAAUAUCCCCAGAACCCUGCUUGGAAUCAUCAACCCUAUCAUGGGAACUAUCAGCAGACUUCGCCCCAGGGUCAUCAAUCACUCAACUACAACCAACAGCCCGGAAUGCCGUAUCCUUACGGUCAAUACCAUGGGCAGUCUGUGAAUCACACCAUUCAUUCGGCUGGGACUCCCGCGAUGCCUGGAGGAUAUGCUAGAUCUCACUUCAACCCUCAGACACGCUCCUUCGUCCCGGGCGGCCCUCCUCUGUCGCGUAUUCCAAACAAAGGCGCACAGUAUCCCGUACCACCCCAAUUCGCCAAUGUGCCACCCAAUUCUCAGGGACAAUGGGCUGGAUACCCAGAUCCUAACCAGAACCGCAAUAUGGACCAUGCUACAACCACUAACCAGGCUCGUGUCUCGAAUCCCAACACUCGAGACUCUAUUGCUAAAUGGGGCACUCCUAGUCACCUUCCCGCUAAGCCUCCCCCAUCCGAAGUUCCAUCUGAUUUCGAUAAGAGACUUCGAACAGGUCCCCUGCAGAUGGCCAUGCCGCCGUCCUACGGCGGUGCCAGAAUGCCUGGUACCAAUACUGGACCGCUUGUGGUCUCUGGGGAUACAGGUGCUUCCAAGCCUAAUUGA